GUAUUUACUGGUUAUUGUAUUGUUAUUUAUACGGUUGCUUAUACUGUGACAUCUGAAAAAAAAAUUUUUAUUUGUUUACGACAUACUUUUUUAUGAUAUUUUACUUAAUCGAACUUUCUCAACAUAUUCAAACUUGAAACAAAUCUAUGACACCGAACUAGUUGCUCCAUAGUUCCAUUUUUUUAUAUAUACGGUGUAAAUUUGAAUUUAUUAUAUUUUAAUUUUGUAGAAGAUUAAAAUUGUCGUACAAUUUUCAUAGAAUUUACAUCUAAUGCGCUAGAAUUUUAAAUAUUUAAUAUAAAUAAACGUGUAUUCUAUCUUUCUGGUAUUUAAAUCUUCUUUCGUGCAUCUCAACAUCGCGCCAUGUUGUAGACUCUAUUUAUACUAAACAAACAAUUAUAUUUGCAAAAUGCUGGAUACUUCUAAUGAUAUAGUAAAGGGUUUUACCCAUUUAGUGCGAGAGAAUUUCUACGCUUUCUAGAUUCCGUAUUCCGGUUUCUCUAAACAAUGUAAAACAAUAGUGUAAAAGACGAAAUAAUGUCUAUACAUCUAUCGACGUUAUCACUGAAGAGUUUACAUCUCCUCUAUACAUGUAUGGACUACGUACUGAACAUCAAAAGAAAUUUUAUUUUUAAUACAGUUAAUUUUAUCGUGCAUCUUGCAACGUUUCGAAAUAAGCAAUACUGUGAAUAACACAUAAAAUUCAGGCAGCAGUCAGUGUGUUAAAUAUCAAUGUACAUAGCAUUAUUUUAAACCAUUAAUUAAUUAAACCAUUAUUUUCUACUUACAUCUAUAUGUCCUUUCACAUGAAACAUUCUAUCGUACCAAGUAAAAAUCGGUCUCGAAUAUUUGAAUUUGUUACGAUAAAUGAUAUGAUUAAAUACGUUUCUAAUGAAUGAAUUUUCUAGUUGUACAAUUCUUUGUAAAUGCUACUGCAGAAUUUGAAAUACAAACAAUGGUAAGACGUAAUGAUAUAAUAAAUAUAAUAAUCCAUUUUAAAACCUAUGAUAAACAAUUGUCAAUCUAAUAGAUUUAAUUAAGAACAAGAUCACUUACGAAAUAAAACAUUAAUGAAGCGGUAAACCGAAGAAUCGUACAUUGUAGCUAUACUCUUCUAUUGUUUCGUGUUUUUAUAAAAAGCCAUUCUAUCGAAAUCGUUCAUUGCAAACAUUAUGAUUAUAAAUAACGCGUUCCGCUUCGUAAUACUAUUCGAUAAUAUACAAACGAAAUUUUAAAAUUGGCAUUUGUAAAUAUCGACAAAAGAAUGAAAAUUAUUAUAUCAUUUAUCAUGAAAUUCAACAAUUCACAAGCACAAAUUAAGACAGCUAUAACUUCCAAGCACCUAACAUACGUACGGAUGACUAGCCACUUCUUCUUAAAAAUUUUACAACAAAUACAGUUAACGUAGGGAGGGAUAUGAAUCAUUACACGCACGCCAUCCACUUCACAGCAUUGUAACCAACAAUUUCCAAGCGAGUAUACUUUUCAACUUUUCUAAAACAAGUUCUACCGACCAGACGAAUCGAUCGGUAGAACAAGUACCUAAAAAACACGCGCAAGCGUUGCACUGCUGCAUACAUCCCCCAUUGACGCGCGGCUGCAUUCUAAUAACAACUUCACUCCACGAUGUCGAACGAAGUAGUGAUCAUAGAAGCUGACAGCAACAGUGACUACUGUCUUCAAUUAAAUCGGUGGUUCUUGAAACCGAUCGGUGCAUGGCCAUCGUCUCCAUCCACCACAAGACUGGAAAAGAUUGUUUCAUUUAUUUUAAACAUCAUUUGCUUCACCUCCGUAAUCAUCACUGCGAUUCCCAGUGUAUUGCUACUCAUCCUAGAAGACGAGAGCAUUAACUUGAAAUUGAAAACCCUAGAUUUCUUGAGUCAUUUGUUUGUCAGCAGCUUUAAUUAUAGUACCUUGUUAUUACACAGCAAAGACAUACGACAAUGCGUAGAACACAUAGAGGCUGACUGGCAAUCAGUGACUAGGGAGGAGGAUCAACACGUAAUGAUGAAAAACGCGAAAUUCGGUCGCUAUGUAGCUGCUUCGUGCGCUAUUUUCAUGCAGGGUGGAAUUUUGUGCUUUUGUUUCGUGACAGCAUUAACUACAGUCGAGAUUCAGAUUGGAAACGAGACAAGAGUCUUACGCUUGUUGCCUUGUGCAGUAUACAAGAAGUUGGUGAACGUCGAUGAAAGUCCAGCAAACGAAAUCAUGCUUUCCCUGCAAAUUUGGUCUGCUCUUAUCGCGAACUCUAGUACAGUUGGAAUUUUUAGUCUCGCAGCUGUACUAGCUGCUCACGCGUGUGGUCAACUGGACGUGAUUAUGGCGUGGAUUACUGAAUUUGUUAAGGAAACGAGAAAACAAAAGGAAACUAGCAGUUUUCGGGAAAUUGGAAUAAUCGUGGAACGACACCUGAGGACAUUGAAUUUCAUAUCGUGUAUCGAGGUUGUGAUGAACAAAAUAUAUUUAUUGGAAAUGUUGAGAUGUACGAUGAACAUAUGUCUAAUUGCCUACUACAUUCUAUCGGAAUGGGAUGAGCAUGAUAUUCGAAAUUUGACAUCGUAUUUUAUGAUGUUCCUUUCAAUCUGUUUUAACAUUUUCGUAAUAUGUUACAUCGGUGAAAUAUUAACGGAACAGAGCAAGAAAGUUGGAGAUGCCGUUUACUUGACAAACUGGUAUUAUUUAUCCAAUGAAGAAAUCCACGACUUAAUUUUGAUCAUCGUGCGAUCGAGUAUGGUCGUUCAAUUGACUGCAGGGAAAAUGAUUCAUAUGACUAUUAAUACGUUUGGUAGUGUGGUAAAAACAGGUUUUGCAUAUUUGAAUCUAUUGCAGCAAAUAAUGUAAUAAAAUGGUAUCUUGGAAAAAUGUUAUUGGGGAUGUUAAAGCAUAAUAAUAAUUAGAAAAUUGAUAUAUUCUUAUAAUCAAUUUUACAA